AUGGGGCAUGCACAAACAGUAUUCUCGGCUCUCUUCCUGGCCGUGGGAGGGUUCCUUUUCGGCUAUGAUAGUGGUAUCAUCACUUCAACUAUAUCCUUGGCCACAUUCAAGGAAUACUUCGGCAACCCUAGUGGCACGGUAACCGGUGGAGUGGUGUCUUCAUUCCAGGGUGGUGCUAUCGCAGGGACAAUGUUUAAUAUGGUUUUCGCUGAUCGAAUGGGUCGAAAGUACUCCAUCUUGGCCGGUGCCAUAGUUUCCUGUCUAGGGUGUGCCAUCCAAGCCGGUGCUGUGGCUAUGUCGAUGUUGAUAAUAGGUCGAUUCAUUGCGGGAGUAGCAGUCGGCAUGCUUACUGCCACUAUCCCCAUGUAUGCCUCGGAGCUCUCUGAGCCUCAAAUGCGUGCUGCUUUAUCCGGAUUACUACAAUGGAUGUUGAGUUGGGGCUAUCUCAUAGCCCAGUGGCUAGGAUAUGGCUGCUCUUUCAACACCACGGAAUUCUCAUGGCGGUUCCCUUUGGCGUUCCAAUGCAUUCCGGGUAUAAUCCUAGUGGUGGGCAUCUGGUUUCUCAAAGAGUCUCCUAGAUGGCUUAUGGAGAAGGAUCGUCAGGAAGAGGCGAGGCAGGUGCUCAUGAGCCUCCGAAAAGGAAAAGACCCCGAGUUGAUUGAACUGGAAUUUCAAGAAAUUCGUGAUGUUAUCAUGGCUGACCGUGCGAUGGGCGAGAUUACCUGGAGGUCCAUCAUCUCAAAGCCUUCCUGGCGCCGUCGACUACUGCUUGGUUGCGGUGUUCAAGCUUUUGGUCCCCUAUCUGGCACCAACGUUAUCAACUACUAUGGGCCGACGAUCUACAACAUCCUGGGCAUCGAUAACCAAACAUCACUUAUGAUCAUCGGUAUCAGUGGAGCCCUUUCAGUUGUCUACUGUACUAUCGGACUCUAUCUCCUGGAUAAGACUGGUCGUAUUAGACCUUUGCUCGUGUCAGCCGCUGGCCUUGCGGCGGCAUUACUAGUCAACGCAGUGCAAGCACAAUACAUGGAUCAGAACAAUGCUAACCAACUGCGCUCAAUGGUGGCCAUGAACUUUGUUUUCAGCUUCUUCUACACACCACUGGGUAUCAUUUCUUGGGUCUACCCUGCCGAGAUCUUCCCCGUUGAGGUUCGAGCCUUGGGUAAUGCGAUUACAACUUUCACCAACUGGACGGUUAACUUGGUCUUUGCCCAGUUCUCACCAAACGCACUUGACACUGUCGGCUUCAAAUAUUUCUAUCUCUUUUUCGCGCUGAACCUCAUCGCCUUCGUGUGCUACUGGUUCUUCUACCCAGAAACCAAGGGCCGUACACUGGAGCAAAUGGACGAGCUCUUUGGGGACCAGAUCGUGCCGCACGCAUUGCAGGACCCAGAAGGAGCAGCCGCUGCAAUGGAAAAGGAAAGAGCAUUGACAGAUCAUGUGGAGUUUGGUGAGAAUAAGGAGCAGGUGUAG